AUGUCUUCAAAAGUGAGAAAAUGUGUGAAAUGUCCUCAAAUGGCUACAUUUUGUAGUACAGACGCGAAAAAAGCAGUUUACUGCAAGUCAUGCUUUAUUCAGAUGGUAAAGCAUAAGUUUAGCUCUGCUAUUGGCAAGCGACGACUGUAUAAAGAUGGUGAACAACGUGAGACCUUAGUAGUUUACGAUGGAACUAACGCUGGUGCAUUUUUGUUGUCUCUUGUUAGCCAGGGUCUGCGCGCUGAUGCUCAUAAACGACUUACACUUGUUCCUACCAUAAUGGUUCUUCUCAAGGAAACAGAUGAAGCAGUAAUUGGUAGUAUCAAGAAGGAAGUAGAACUUAUCAAGCAAUGUAUCGAAGCUCCAUGGAUAUAUGUUCACAUUGCUGCAGUCUUCGAAAGCAAUAUUUGUGAUCCACAAACAUCUAGCAUUUGUGGCAUUGAUCAUAUAUCACAGUGGGCUCAACUGUUAACUUCCUGUUCAUCAUCGUCGACUAGAGAGGAAAUGGAAUACUUGUGCUUAAAUAUGUUAUGUGUUCGGAUAGCACAGAAGUUAGAUGUUCAUAAAGUAAUGCUGUCUAUGUCUGCCGAUGAACUAGCCACAACAACUCUUUCAUCGCUUGCUUUAGCAAGAGGCCCUUCUGUUUUUCAUGAGGUUAACGUAGUUGAUAAGCGUCACGCUGAUGUCACACUAAUACGUCCACUUCGGGAAAUUACUGAAAAGGAAAUUGCACUUGUCAAUCGAUUCGAGGGAAGUGAUCGAUACAUUCUGAAUGUACGUAAGAGCCGUGUAAAAGCUAAUGAUGAUGAGCAGUCAUUGCAGUCAGUUUCCAGAGAUUUUAUAAGCGAUUUGGUAAUGAAUGGUUUUACUGGUACCGUAACAACUAUACUAAGUAUCGCUAACAAAGUGCAGGCUCCAGCCAUAAAUAGAGCACGAUGUGUUUUAUGUGCCUCAACUUACAGUGCAGUUGAAGGAGAAAAUUCUGGACCAAGUUGGCGACAAGGUUUUAUUAGAGCAGCUCCUUAG